UGGCUCCAGGCACCGUUCAACCAUCAGCCAUGCGCUCGUCUUGAUGAGCUGGGCUGGCGUUGCUGCGCAAUGCCGGAAGCAGCGCAGGGGCAGGCCAUGAACAGAGAUGCCAUGGCUGCCAGCGGCGGCAGCUUCAAGGGCAGCGGCAAGCUGAAGACGGUGGGCCUGGAUGGAUCCCGGGGCGAGCCGCUGAUGAUGCGCACUGAGUCAAAGACUCAAGGACGUGUAGCAUCGCGCACGCCCGUGCCCCCAUCGAAGGAUGUGACACCGGAGCAGCUGCACCUCUUCUUGUUUCCAAGCAGCUUAGAACACCCAGAGUCCACUGGACGCCUGGAGAUCUUUGCUCGCUUCGGACCAGUGGAUGAGGCUGGGAAGCUUCGCGGUGGCAUUUCCGGGUCCCAUGUUCACACGGACUUGGAGCUUCGGCAAAUGAUCCAUCACGAGACGCGGGAGAUGCUGUUCACGCUCUUCAAGAAGCCGAGAGAAACUGUGGAGGUCAUUGUUGACGGACUUCUGCCUGCGGCCAUGGUGUAUAACUACACUUGGCAAGAGGUAAAGCAGCUGCUCAAGCCUUGCUUCCAAGAGAUGGGCAGCAACGGCGGGAAGCUGAGCUUUGCGCGCAUGCAGAAGAUCAUCCUGCAGAACCAGCGCGAGCGCCUGCAGGCGCUGCUGAAGGACAAGAAUGCCGCCUUGAAGGAGCGAGGACCAAAAGUCCCCUUCCAGUCAAAGCCCCAGCAUGUGCUGCUGGCGCCGAUCUCCAAGAAAGAUCUGAAUGCACAGGAGGAGCAGCAUUGGAGACGUACGAGGCUGCAGAGAUUUGCCACACAAGUGGCAGAAAUGGAGGAUCAAAACCUACAGAACCAAGUGGUUUCCAAUGGAAUCUGUGAUGUCAAGCUUGGGAUCGCACUGCGCCCACCUUAUCCAAUGAGUUCUUCAUAUACAGCGCUGGCUGCUGAGAAAGUUGUCAUUCUUUGCCGAAAUCCUGGUGAUGUGGAUGACAGGUGGGACCGGUACUGUGCCGUUCGGCGAGUGGGCAAGGCCACCUACGUGAAGGCGCGCAAUCAGCAGCACAGUGGCUUUGCAUCCAUGGAUGAUGGUCUUUCCAACAAGCAUCCAGGUGUCUCCUCGCUCACAUCUACCGGGUACCUCAAGGGGCCUGUCCUUUGAGAGCGGAAUGUUUCACCGAGCAUGUACAAAGCUAGGUGCGCAGAGUCCGUGAAGCCGCCCAAUCUGAUAUUGAGGUUUGUUCUAUGGCGGCACACUUGCAGCAGGCUUGCUCCUGCGCAGGUGUCUGACCCUUGUGGCGCCCAAUGCUCUUUGCCAACUGUG